AUGGACAAGUACGAUAGGCAGCUAAGACUCUGGGACCGAAGAGGCCAAGAGCUAUUAACCGAGGCCAGAAUAUGUAUAGUCGGCCAAUCAUCUCUAGGUCAAGAAGUUUUGAAGAAUUUGCUUUUACCUGGUGCAAGUAACUUCACCGUAAUUACCGAAAAGAUGCAAUCCGAUCAAAGUUUCUUUGAGGGUGGUAGCUUAAUGCGUUUAAAUCCUCGUGCUUCGAUUGAAACGGUUUGCUGGGAUACAAACCAAAUGGCUAAUAAACAUUUUUGGGAAAAAUUUGAUCUUGUUGUCAUUGUCACUACCUAUUUUAAGAUACUCGAAGUACUAUCGAAAGUAAAGUUACCGCGGAGUUUGAUAUGCUGUACACAUGAGUUUUCAGGAUAUGUAAGAUUCAUUUCCCCGCAUCCACAUUUCGUGAUCGAAUCACAUCCACAGCACACGACUCCAGAUUUGAGGAUUAUGAAUCCUUGGACUGAGUUGAAGUAUUAUCUAGAGUCAUUUGACUUCACAUUGGAAGAGGAUGAUUUCUCCGAUGUACCAUACAUUGUAAUCAUAUAUCAAGCAUUACUUAGUGUAAAAAAGAGGGGAGAUCCAGUUUCUAGAGAUGCUAUAAAAGAGGAAAUAAGGGGGAUGCGUGCCCUUGUUCAUGAAGGAACUACUGGGGCGAACUUGUAUGAGGCCGAAAGAUUUGCACAUUUAGCUACCGCACAAUCAGAAAAAGUUCCUGAUAAUCUAGUACGCUGCUUUGAGCUCCUAGAUCAAGCACCAGAAAAUGGUUUCGAUCAAACUGUGCAAAUUCUACUCAAGAGUCUGAAAAUCUAUUUAGGAAGUGACUAUAGCGACAAACAACUGCCAUUGAGUGGAAGCAUACCUGACAUGAUAUCAAGUACCGAGAACUACAAUAAUUUAAAGGACCUGUAUCAGAAAAAAGCGAAAGAAGACGUCAAAUACUUCUCUUCAAUCGUCGCUAAAUCACGGGUCCAUAUACCAGACACCGUCAUCAACACCUUCUGUAAGAAUACAAAAAACUUGAGAGUAGUACUUCCCUCGAGAUCACUCUGCUUUAGACCCCAAGCCACUCAAAUAUUAAGUCAACAACAAGAUGCUCCUACAGACCUUGUCAAGUUGCUCACCGAUUUAAUUAAUAAACAAUUCAAAAUAUCAGAUGCAGACUCUAAGAAUAAGAUGGACACGGAAAAACAGUCGAACUCUGAGAUGAAAUCCGAAUCAAAAAAGUUUUAUCCUGUGAUAUCACUCAUAGCGGGAAUAGCUGCACAGGAAUCUAUAAAAAUCCUUACACAUCAGUUUGUCCCUAUCGAGAACACAUUUGUGUAUAAUGGCAUUUCAAACCAAAGCUGGACGCUGAAAUUGUGA